AGUGCGAUGACAAGGAGAUGCGCCGAGAGAUCAGCUACGCCAUCAAAAACAUCCACGGCAUCAGGACGGGGCUGUUCACUCCAGACAUGGCGUUCGAGGCGAUAGUAAAGAAACAGGUCGUGAAGCUGAAGGAACCCUGCAUUAAAUGUAUUGACCUGGUCAUUCAGGAGCUCAUCAACACAGUGCGGCAGUGCGCUAAUAAGUUGGGGACGUUCCCCAUGCUGAGGGAGGAGACCGAGCGAAUCGUCACUUCACACAUUCGCGAGCGCGAGAGCCGGGCCAAAGAGCAGAUUCUGUUACUCAUCGAUGUCCAGCUCGCGUACAUCAACACCAACCAUGAGGAUUUCAUUGGAUUUGCCAAGUAGGUAUUCACUAUAACGAUAAUGUUAAUAUGCUGCGUUCAGCUGCUCCCCAGACUGUCCGUACGUUCCUCUUGCCUGAUCAAUAAGUGCUAAAUGUAUGAUGCUGAAGAUUCCUGGUGCUGCAAAUAAAAACUGUUAUUUUCACUCAACAUGUCUCCUAAUGUAAGAAGACCCACAAAAUGACAACCGUGCUACGAAUUCUCCUCAGUGGAGGCUUUUCCAAUGAUGUUUCUCCUGUAAAGUGGAGAGUUUGAUGGAUUCGGAGUGCAAUGGAAAACACUCUGGAGGAUUUUUCCUCUCUCUCAGGAACUCCGUCAGGUUCCUCGGUGAUGAAGGUUACUACCUUGGUGUCUGAAGAACGAGUGGAAGUGAAUGUUUGUAGGAUUUAUAUGGGAUUAUUUUAGUAACAUGGUCACAGCAUGUCUGAAAUAAUAUUUCCGUAAGAGAUUUGAGGUGUAUUUGAAGGGAAUUUCGGGAAUUAGUAAGAAUAAGGACUGGACUUGGUGAUGUUGGUGGUAAAGGCAUCGUUUCCUCACUUGUUCUAAAUGGUGCUGCUUUUAAUCCUUGUUCCUGCUUCUGAGGAUUUAUUAUUGUAUUAUUUCAACAUCUCUACUGUUAGAACAAUGAUGAUUUGAUAUUGUAAAGAUUACUGAAUAGAGAAAUGUGUUGUAAAUAAAUCAUCUUAAUGGAUGAUAACAUAAAGGAUACCCUGAUAUGGUUCAGUCAAACUUUUUAAACUGUAAAUCGUCAUAUUUACAAAAUGUAAAGGAUAAUAUUUAUGGAUUAUCGAAUAAAUCCCUGAAAUAAAGUUAAACUUCAGUCCAGAUCUGGGAGAAUGGAUGGAAUAUUAUCAUGAUGAUCAGGCCCAGUUCCAUACACAUACAGACUAACAGUUAUUAUAUUAUAGUAUUAGAUAUUUAUAGGACGCUAGCUCGCCUGUUAGCAAACGUGGCUAGUGGUUUACAUUCAUGAUAAUAUUUAGCCUGACGCUAACUAGCUUCACAGCUCUCCUGUAUUUAAUGGUGUUUAUUUAUUUUGUAAUCAGUUACUCGGGAAAUCCGUCCUGCUUCAUUCAGAGAGCUAAAAAAAAAAGCAGUGGAUAUGAUGAAUAAGAUUUAUUAAACAACACCAUAUCCGUCUGAGGUGAAAUGAAUGGAGCGAUUCCACUGUGUGUUUAUUAAUUCGGCAUUUUAUUGUUCAGUUGGAGAA